AUGGAUGCUGAUAAAAUCAGGUCCCACUUGAAAAAGAAAAAAGACGAUUACAACUACGAGAUACAAACUACAGAUGAUCAUGCUCGGAAAAAAGUUGCGAAGACGAAAUACUACAAGAUCCGAAAAAUGUUAAAAGAAAUGAGCGAUGCAGAAAUCGUCUCCUGGUACUAUGAGGAAGAAGCAAAAUCUACAAAUCGUCAGAGACUCAAAGAUGAAACAAAUAGACAAAACAAUCCACCGAGAAAACCUGUUCAAAAGAUUUCGAAAAAGCUAGCAGACUUUGCGGAUAUGGAAUACGAAGUACAAACUCCCAAAGUUACUCCCGUUGCUCAAGAACCGAGCACGAGUAAUGAUAGGAUCGCGAACUGGCUUUCAAGCAACGACUUCAGCAUCGCCAAUGAAACUCUCGAGCUAGAAAGAGAGUCAGCUGGAUCCUCGCAAAAAGUGGUUAAAUGCUCGAAAUCUCGACAGCGAGAAAAGAAAGUACAAAAGUCUUCAAAUAAAGAAGAUAAUUCCGACCCUCCAUUUUUUCCUCCAGAGUCUAAUUUACCUGCGAAGAAGCCCAGAUUACAGGGAAAAGGUCAAAUAAGUGUCCUCAUAAACAGAAAGAACUCGGUCUAA